GAUUACAGCAGAGUUGCUACGUCUCCUCUGUGCAGAGUCACAAGUCAAAGAGCAAAUAAAAAUGUAUGAAGGAGUUCCAGUCUUGCUCAGUUUACUCCAUUCUGAUAAUCUCAAACUUCUAUGGAGUGUAGUUUGGAUUCUGGUACAGGUUUGUGAAGACCCUGAGACUAGUGUGGAAAUCCGGAUUUGGGGUGGAAUAAAGCAUCUCCUUCAUAUAUUACAGGGGGAAAGAAAUCUUGUUUCCGAUCACUCUUCAGUUGGAAGUUUAUCUAGUGCAAACGCAGCAGGGAGGAUCCAGCAUCUUCAUUUGUCAGAUGAUUUGAGUCCUGAUGAGAUGCAAGAAAAUACUUUCUCACUGCAAGCAGCUUGUUGUGCUGCAAUUACUGAACUGGUGCUCAAUGAGACUAACGCUUACCAGGUUGUACAGGCAAAUGGAAUAUAUACAAUAGCAAAGCUGAUUUUACCAAACGAAGAAAGGAAUGCUGAAAAAGCUAAUUUAUUACAGUGUUAUGCAUUCAGAGCCCUGAGAUUUCUCUUCAGUAUGGAAAGAAAUCGACAUAUCUUUAAAAGACUUUUCCCUACUGACUUGUUUGAAAUCUUCAUCGAUAUUGGACAUUAUGUGCGUGAUAUCAGUGCUUAUGAAGAGUUGGUAGCAAAGCUAAAUUUAUUAAAGGAGGAUAAAUUGAAGCAAAUUGCUGAAAGUAUUGAGAGCAUGAAUCAGAAUAAGGCACCUACAAAACAUAUAGGUAACUACGCAAUUUUAGAGCACCUUGGCAGUGGAGCUUUUGGAAGUGUAUAUAAGGUUAGAAAACAUAAUGGACAAAAUCUUCUGGCAAUGAAAGAAGUCAAUUUACACAAUCCAGCAUUUGGAAAGAACAAAAAAGACAGAGACAGCAGCGUAAAGAACAUUGUCUCUGAAUUAACCAUCAUCAGAGAGCAACUUUAUCAUCCAAAUGUUGUACGGUACUAUAGAACCUUCUUGGAAAAUGACAGAUUGUACAUAGUCAUGGAGCUCAUAGAAGGAGUGCCAUUGGGAGAACACUUUCACUCAUUGAAGGAAAAGCAACAACAGUUUACAGAAGAAAGAAUAUGGCAUAUAUUUAUCCAACUCUGUCUAGCUCUUCGUUAUUUGCAUAAAGAGAAAAGGAUUGUUCAUCGAGAUCUCACUCCAAACAAUGUCAUGCUGGGGGAUAAAGACAAAGUUACAAUUA